UCAUUCUGUUUAGAACGGCUGAAGAUAUUCGUGCAUGUUGUAAUCCUACUCCCAUAUUAGUUCGGCAAAAUUUACACGAUAUUUAUCAAAUUGUACAACAAGCAAACGAUAUUCAGAUUGAAACCGAAAAACGGGAACAAAUCAUUCCCUUGACAUUACCACCGUUGUUUUCUCAAGAAAAUGUUUUAAAUUAUCCACACGAUUCAUCUUAUCAAAAUGAAACCGAAAAACGGGAACAAAUCAUUCCCUUGACAUUACCACCGUUGUUUUCUCAAGAAAAUGUUUUAAAUUGUCCACACGAUUCAUCCCAUCAAAUUGAAAAUUUACCAUCGUCUAUUGUUGACAAUACACAAAUAGCCUAUCCUACAAGUGAAGGAGCACUCUCUUUGUAUUUCUGUUCUGUAGCUUAA